CCCACUCCUACACGCUAUAACCCCUAUACACACAAAACACAAUUUACAGACAAUCACCACAUGACCAACACAUCACGCACAUACGGCCGCCUAACAAACACUCCACCAAGCCCCAAGAUGGAAUGGCAAGACACACAACACUACAUUUCCACCCCGGACUGGACCCAAUCGACAAAGAACACCACACAACAAGACCAAGACACUCACCACACGCGACUCAAAAACUGCGCCCAACGGAACUGCACACCAGACGAACAACGAAACGAACACAAACAGACCUAA